GCCGGCGCCCGCACCAGCACCGCGGCGCCGCUCAGCGGUCCUUCUGGGGCAGCCGACGAUGCGACGAGGCGCCGUGGCGAUCGACUUGUCGCCGAGUUUCGAAGUCGGAUGACGCUCAGACCUGCACGAGGUUUUGUAUUCUCCGACCGCGAUGUUCGCGACACUUCGACACGCUCAGUCAAGCUUCGAGCCCUCCACUGGGAAGCGACGGUGGUCCCGGGUGCUUGGAUUGGCGCAUACUUUGUGGAGUUAUUUUGCUGGGCAACUGCGCGUGGAAACGGAAUUGCUAUUGUGCAUUGACAUACUAGCAUCUCUCAUAUUUUGCAUUCGAACUUGUGAUUGACAGUUCGACGGGAGUCGUGCUCGACGCCAAGCGUUUCCGCAUUGCACGCGUUACGCACGGUUCGCUCCGCACCUGUGGCUCCAGAAUUGACCUGGUUUUGCCACCUGUGGCAAUUUCACUGGCAUAAGCCCAGACCUACACCCCAGCAAAAAGACGACCGUCGCCACGCGCGCGAGAUGGUGACGCCGCCCUUCGACGCCGCCCUCGCCGAGGCCGUCAAGGAACAAGAGAAGCAGACCAAGAAGAAGGCGCCGUACUUCGGCGCAUCGUCGCGAACCGAGGCGUUAGAGCUCAACGCCUGGAAAGAGAUCGGCAAGGCGUGGAAGCGCGCGCCAAAGACGUGCUGGGACGCCUACGCCGAGCGCUACCCGGCCGCUGGCGCGAGUCAGGUCCGCUACGACGCGACGGUCAAAGCAGCGGUGCGGAGCGGCGCACGCGACGCGGAGGUGAAACGGGCGGCGGCCGUCUGCCACGACGCCGGGAGGAACGUCUGGCAGAAUACGCACCAGUACCUGGACGGCGCCUCUCGUGCAGAGGUCCAGGAGCGACUCAAGGCGCUCGACUUCACGGCUCAGAAAGAAGUCUGGCUCGCGGACCUGCAGGCCGAGCGCGAGGCGAUGAGAAAGCAGCUCGUCGACCGGACGAUCACCUACGACGUGGACCUCUCGACGCACCGCGUCGUCGACGUCGAUUUUCUCGAAGGCCAGGGCACCGAGCUCAUGGCGUUCUGCGUCCCCGACAAGACGAGCGCGGAGUUCGAUGACUGCGAGGAGUGGCCGUGCUCCGCCAAACACGCGCUCAUCUGGGCCGCUGGCGGCGUCGUCGACGAGCCCGAGGAGAUGUCGGAGGACGAGGAGGAGCCGCCGGCCGUGCCCGAUCCGCCGAAACCGCCGCCGCCACCGAAGACGCGCGCGGAGUUGAAGCGGGCCGCGAAGAGCGCGGCGCAGAGCGACGCCGCGCGGCAGACCAACAAGAAGGCGCGGAAGAAGGCGGCCGCCGACAAAGCCGCCGGCAAGGCCGAGGCGAAGAACGACGUCGUGCCGGACGACGGCGCGUUCCGCGACUACGUGCCGCCGCACGAACGGAUCGAGGGCGACAAGCGCCCGACGACGGUCGACGAGGACGCUCUGCGCGCGACGAUCGGCGAAGCGUCGUUACUCGACGAGGCGACGGUGCAGACGCCCCUGGAGCGGUGCCUCGCGCCGUUUAUGAUGAAGCGGCCGCCGAAGGACGCGCCGGUCGUGCUGCCCGGCGAGGUCCUGCCGCGCAUCGGCGGGGUCGGCUGGACGAUCCAGGGCGACCGCGACCUCACGAAAUUGACGCGCGCGGUCGAGAUCAUCACGGACGAGAUCGAGGACGCCUGCGGCGGGUCGGGCCGGCGCGGCGACGCCAUCAACGACGCCGCGGACGUCUACCUCGACGGCAAGCACGUCAAGGUGAAGAACAACCGCAACGGCGCCGGGUGCUUGCACGUCGUCGGUCCCAACGACGGCACGUCGUCGGACAAGUCGCGCGCCUUCCUGUCCUACGUCAAGCGCCUCGCGGCCAAGGCGCGCGACGCGGACGACAAGGAGGCCCUCGAGUUCUUCGCCGCGCAGUGCGAGCGCUGGCUCUUCACGCGCACGCUCCUCGUGGAGCUCGCGACGUACCCCGCCGGGCGCGCGGGCAAGCCGCACCGCGACGAGGAGGAGCCCGACCUGACGAACCGGCACGACCACGGGGGCCGCGGCGGCAAGGCCAAGGGCCAUCGGAAGGCGGGCCCGGUCAAGCUCCGCCUCGCGCUCUCGGUCCGCGGCCGGCGGUCGAUGUCGUUCCGGGACACGCGCGGCUGGGUCGCGACGAUCGACCGCAGUCCCGGACGCGGCGUGUGCUUCGUCGACGGCGCCCACACGCGCUCGCGCGGCGUCGUCGAUCACCGAAACGACGCCGGCGACGAGCCCGGGGCGACGCUCAUCCUGACGUUCCGCGCCGACGCCUCCUCCGCCUUCGACGACAUGACGCCGGCCGAGCGGCUCUUCGCGCACGCCGGUAUCGCGUUGUUCGCGGCCCACUAGGCUCUUUUCGGGUAAGGACUAGUACCAUACCUUGAACAUUACUACUAGUACACCCGGGCCUCCGGCAUCCUCUACGCCGGCCGCCUCGCUCCCGAACGUCGCGUUCCAGGCCUCGUCUUGUUCUAU